AUGAAAGCCCAGGCUUUCAUACAGCCCGCGCGCCACCCGGUUGGGAGCCCGCACCUGCAGCUCGGCCCAUUGCGCCCCCUGCGUCCGUCCCCAGUGCAGCAGGCCGCACACCAGCGCACGGCCCAGCCCCCGCCCGCGCAUUGCAGGUGCGAUGACGAUGUCAUACAGGCCCACGCAGCCGCGCUCCAGCACGGCCAGGCCGAACCCGGCCACCUCGCCCCCGACGCGCAGCGUGGCAAAGGCGGCGGGCCAGGCAAUGGACUGCAGCAUGUGGUGAUGCGCCUGCCUGUGCCGGGGCGGCACGGCGCCGGCCUCGGCAAAGCCUUGCAGCCAGGCCGCACCGGGCCGGGCAUCCAUGGCGAGGGUCCAGCCUUUUUCGCCCGCCGGCUGCGCCAUGUCCGCCAAGGCUGCGCGCAUCACGAGCGAAGGAUCGGCCAGCAGGUAGCCGGCCUGCGCCAGUUGGGCAUCGGCCUCGGGGCUGGCCAGGGGCGAGAGGCGGAAGACGGGCGGCAGGCCCUGGCGUUGGUAGAAGGCUUCGAUCUGCGCCAGCAAGGCGCCAAGGCGGGCGCCGGGCUGAUGGGCAUUGGCCGAGUUGGCCCGCUUGGUAUGGCCCUGCGCGGCGCGCAGCAGCCAGUCUCCGCAGAGCACGGUGCGCUGGGCCGGCCAGGCGUUGAAGCCGCGCUGCUCCACGCCGACCACCGUCUCGGGAUCGCAGUCCACGGAUGCGCGGUCAUGAGCGAAAGACUUGGACAUGCCCGCUUGUACCAUGGCCGCCCGCCGUGCCCGCCCAUAAUAUGGCGCGCCGCCGCGCUGGCGGCAGGCACACUUUUUCCACUACUGCGAUCGCCCCCGCUCGCCGGAUUGCUCCAUGACCACAGACACCUCCCAAGCUCCCCGACUCACCUCGCUGUCCCAUGGCGGCGGCUGCGGCUGCAAGAUCGCGCCGGGCCUGCUGGCGGAGCUGAUCGGCAAGAGCGCGCUGCCAAGCAGUUCUUCCCGGACCUGCUGGUGGGCACGGAGACCGCUGACGACGCCGCCGUCUACCGCAUCAACGACGAGCAGGCCAUCGUGGCGACCACGGAUUUCUUCAUGCCCAUCGUGGACGAUCCGUAUGACUUCGGCCGCAUCGCCGCAACGAAUGCGCUGUCCGACAUCUACGCCAUGGGCGGCCAGCCGCUGAUGGCCCUGGCCAUCGUGGGCAUGCCCAUCAAUGUGCUGCCGCACGACACCAUUGCCAAGAUCCUGGAAGGCGGCGAAUCGGUCUGCCGCGAUGCCGGCAUUCCGCUGGCCGGCGGCCACUCCAUCGACUCGGUCGAGCCCAUCUACGGCCUGGUGGGCAUCGGCAUCGUCAACCCGCGCCAGAUGAAACGCAACGCCGACGCCAAGGCCGGCGAUGUGCUGAUCCUGGGCAAGCCGCUGGGCCCGGCUACCGCGCCAUGGUGGAGGCAACCACCUUGCUCAACCGCCCGGCACGGCGCUGGGCAAGAUGGACGGCGUGCACGCGCUGACCGAUGUGACGGGCUUCGGCCUGCUGGGCCAUGGCCUGGAGCUGGCACGCGGCGCGGGCCUGACGGCGCGCAUCGACAGCCGCAGCCUGCCCGUGCUGCCCACGGUGCAGGGCUUUGCCGAGCAGGGCGUCAUCACGGGCGCCUCGGGCCGCAACUGGGCCUCGUAUGGCACGCAGGUGGUGCUGGGCGCCGGCAUCACCGAUGCCCAGCGCGCGCUGCUGACCGAUCCGCAGACCUCGGGCGGCCUGCUCGUAUCGUGCACGCCCGAUGUGGCGGACCAGGUGCUUGCGCUGUUUGCCGAACAGGGCUUUGGCGAUGCAGCCAUCGUCGGCCGCAUGGAAGCGGGCCAGGCCCGCGUCGUGGUGGAUUGAGCCAGGCAACCAGUCAAGCGGAACGGGGGCCUGGGCCCCCGUUUGCAUUGCAUGCCGGAUGCAGCCCCUUCAGGCGGGCACUGCAUCACGCCGGACAGCGGAUGUCACUCGCUCACGGUCUGCGUCUUGUAGGCCGGGCUGGCCUGGAUGGCGCUGUCGGUGAACGGCAGCUUGAGCCACUGGCGCGCACCGUAGGCCUUGGUGUAGUCCGCAUAGUGGGCCGAGGCAGGAUCGUCCGACAGCGAGAAGGUCAGGAAGGUAUGGGCCUCCACUCCGGCCGCCGGGAAGCUCACCACCUGCAUGUAGCUGUUGCCGUGCGGCUGCCCGUCCAUGCUGUAGCCGCCCUGCUCUAUCUUGUUUUCCGAGCAGGUGAUGGUGAAGUAGCCCACCUCGCCGCAUCCGCCAUACAGCGCCGUCUUCUCUCCGCCACGCUGCGAGAACAGCACGGUGCCACGCGCCGCAUCCAUGGCAAAGCCGCUGGCCUGCACGGCCUUCACUGCUUCGGCGAACGCCUUUUGCAGCGCCGCCUUGGCCGUGGGCUUGAUGCCGCGCGGCGUGUUGACGGGGUCGGACGCAUCGAAGGGCACGGCAUACAGGUCGGCCGAUUUGAUCUGGCUGGCCACGCGCUUCCAGAACUCGUCCCAGACAUGGGAGCCCCUGGAUGCCGCCGUGCCCGUGCCGUCCCAGGCCUGCAGCGCCGUGCAGGCAGCCGAUACGUCCACCGUUUCACCCGCCGAGGACACGGGGCCUGGACAGACCUGGGCCAAUGCAUCGUCCUUGAAACGCGCGCUGUACACACGGCUGUCCAGCACCAUCUGGCGAACGAUGUCGCUGGUGGCCAUCUUGCCCGGAUAGCCGUCCGUGCCCGCCAGCCGCUGCAGCGCCAUGGUGUGGCCCAGGCGCGUGCGCAGGCUCUGGGCAGAAGAGGUGGAGCCGAAGAUGGCCGGAUAGCCGGUCAGCGGUGCCGAGGCAUUGGACAGCCAUCGCCACGCAGCAGCUGGGCAUGCGUGCGGGCCGAUGGCGCCGGCCUGCACCGAAUCCGCAUCCGAGCCCCAGUCGCACUGGCUGCUGCCGCCGGCCAGCACCGGCACCUGGGGCAGCGCCGCGUUGAUGGCUGCCGAGGCCGGCGUGGCGCAGGCCUGCAGCUGCGCGGGCGGCACGUUGGGCACGGCGCCUAUGUCGGCAUACCAGACCUGGGCGUUGCCGCGUCCCGCAGCGACGGUGUUGACCCAGGGAAUGGCCGACUCCUCCUUCUGGAUGCGGAUGAACUCGUCCAGCGACUUGGCCUGGUUCCAGCGCAGCCAGUUGCGGAAAGUGCGGUAGUUGUAGGCGUUGAUGUCGCGGAUGGCGAACACGCUCUGCGUGGUCCAGCCCA